AUGCCUCCAAUUCCCCUCAUUGAGCUCAACAACGGUACGAAGAUACCAAUCAUAGGUAUUGGUGGUGGUCCGAGCGCAAUGACGGUUGAAGCAUGUGAUGCAACGAAGGAUUGGAUACUGACGGCGAUUCAGGCGGGGUAUAGGCACAUCGAUACAGCCCUGAUAUAUAGUACAGAGAAGGCCAUCGGCGAGGCGGUAAGAGAGUCUGGUAUUCCCCGCGAGGCGUUCUUUAUUACAACCAAACUACCGUAUAACCGGCAGGAUCGUGUGGUUGAAUCAUUCGACCUCAGUCUCCAAAACCUUGGAAUGGAUUACGUGGACCUGUACCUCAUGCAUUGGCCUAUGGCCAUCCCUUACCGAAUCACGCCUCUUUCAGGUACCUGGACGGAUUAUCUACGAGAUCCGGAUGGCUCUGUAACCACCCUCGAUUCUCCCACCUUCAACGAGUCCUAUGCCGAAAUGGAGAAAAUAUAUGCUAGCGGGAGGGCCAAGGCUAUCGGAGUCAGCAACUUUUCCAUCAAGACUCUUGGAGAGCUAUUCCAAACAGCUACCAUCAUUCCAGCCGUGAACCAGAUAGAGCGGCAUCCCUACCUUGCACAGACCGAUCUCAUCGCUUACCACAAGGAGAAGAGCAUCGCUACCGUGGCGUACUCUCCUGGAGGCCACGGAAACGUCAUCCGUGAAGAUCCCAUCAUCAACGAAAUAGCUGCCAAACACGGUGUCUCACCGACGCAGGUCAUCCUCGCAUGGCAAAUCGCAGGAGGCAUGAUCAUCAUACCGAAGAGCGACAAGGAACAGAGGCAGAAGGAUAAUAUGAACCUUCCCGCUCUGGAUGAAGAGGAUAUGGAGAAGAUAAACAGUUUGGACCGCGGAGAGAGGCUGUGUGACAAGAUCGACCAGAAUGGCAAAUAUUGGGGGUGGACGAAGGAACGCCUCGGGUGGUAGUAGUCGCUUUACCUCAUAAUGUAUUUGUUGAUUCUGGGUACGGGUUCUGUGUUAUGAGCCUCCUCAGCCACGUAAUGUGGGGCCAACUCACGAUAUGUCUAGACCUAUGCUAUCCAGUUAGUGUGUUGUCUCAUUUCCAGACCAACCCAGGGAUGACACACUGGAGAGCUCUACCUCAAGACGAAGAUCCAGCGGAAUAAGCGCAAAAGUCCUCAGCGAACGACACCACAUAUUUUGAUCGAG